AUGAAAUGGAAAGCCGAACCUUUCGACAGGGUCAGAAGGUUUGGGAACAGAGCUUUUGUUAGACUCAUCGUCAAAGAAAUAGUUGUCACUGUUCGUCUUCUUGCUACUGCAAUGCGUUCUCUUCAGUACUUCCCCUCCGUCUCAAUUUCCUUCAGAACACAAAAAGACGUGAAUACCCCUCUCAUGCCUCGUGUAUCUCCCAUUAUUAGAACCCGUAGUUAUCCUCUACCCUUGAGGGCAGCGACGUCGACUGCUGAAAUUCCCCCUAACGCCGUUCGCCGGAAAACAGACAGCAACUGGAGAGGAGGGUUCAGUCUCGGCGUAGACUUAGGGUUGUCGAAGACAGGAAUCGCACUCAGUAAAGGCUACACCUUUCGUCCUCUCACGGUUUUGAAAUCGAGAGGGCAGAAGCUCGAGACUAGGCUGUUGGAAAUUGCAGAAGAAGAGGAGGUUGAUGAGUUCAUAAUUGGGUUGCCGAGAUCUUCCGACGGGAAAGAGACGGUUCAGUCUAAUAAAGUUCGAUCUGUCGCUGGACGGCUUGCGGUUCAAGCAGCCGAGAGGGGUUGGAGGGUUUAUGUAUUGGAUGAACAUGGGACAUCAUCAGAAGCUUCAGACAGAAUGAUUGUAAUGGGACUUGGCAAGAGUGAAAGGCAGAACAGAGAAGACGCAUACGCUGCUGUGAUAUUGUUGGAGAGGUAUUUUUCGACACAAGGUCUAGGAGCCGAGAUUAUACUUCCCAAGAGUUUACACCUCCAAGAGAAGAUCAAGAACACUGCACCUAAAGACCCUGACUUUUUACCUGGAAAGCUCGAAGAGUUUUACAGAUUCUAGUGUAGUUUGCUAUCGUUAUCCUCCUUGUGUAACACCUGCCAUUUCAAUGGUUUGAUUUGUUAAUGCAGACAUCAGUAAAUAAACACAACAAAUAAGUUUUAUCUGCC